AUGGCCAUUGACCGCACAAACGUAUCGGGCGUGCUGACCUCGACCUUUCUACACGAUACAUCCAUGACCCACGACCAGGCCAAUACAGGAGUUUCCCUUCUCUGGCUAGGCAUUGUCCUUCUCGAGAUCCCCUCCAACAUCGUGCUGCAUCGCAUAGGCCCGCAUUACUGGAUUCCAGGCCAAGUCAUUGCCUGGGGCUUUGUCGAGGUGCUCCAGUCGCAGGUCACCAAUGCUGGUGGGUGGUAUGUCGCACGACUAUUUCUAGGGCUCGCAGAGAGUGGGUUCAUCCCGGGAGGGCUGUACACAUUGUCAAGAUGGUAUGCGCCGGACGAGCUGACGAAGCGUACGGCGGUGUUCUUCCUUGGACCGUCCAUUUCUGCGGCAUUUGGGUCACUCAUUUCAGCGGGUGCUCUGACCCUACAUGGGAAGGGAGGGCUUAUGGGGUGGCAAUGUUUACCCAAGUCUCCCUACCACACAGGAAACGUGUUUGGUGGUCUAAUCCGAGUACGAGGAUGGCUCAACGAGCAUGAAGCCGAUAUCCUUACCGCACGUCAAGCACGAAGGUCUGAUCACCAUGCAGCCGGAUCGAAGCUCAAAAUCAGCUGGAAGGAUAUAACCGACGUCCUCUUCCACUGGGCCACCUGGCCAUACCUAAUAACCUGCCUAUCAGGCCUCCAGAGCGUCAAUGGCUUAAGCACCUGGGGAACUACCAUAAUCAAGUCCCUCGGCUUCAGUAGUAUCCGUGCAAACCUUCUCAAUGCCCCGGGGAGUCUGCUAUCUGCGAUCUUUGGUAUUGGGCUAUCCGCCAUCGUCGAUCGAUAUAAUCGGUUUGGGUACCCUAUUCUCUUUGCGGGCGUGUGGACGCUCGCCGGUCUGAUUGCGCUUUAUUCUACUUUCGUAUCAAACAGUUUCAGCCGGGUUAGUGGACUGAUAAAAACUCGCAGUCCCUCCCAGUGCACUCCGAGACCAAUUAACGUAACCUGGUUAUCUCGGAAUUUUGCAACGCCACAGAAGCGAGCCGUCGCGUACGCAGUAUACAUCGGCUGUUCAAACCUAGGUGGCACGUACGGCAACCAAGUGUUCAGGGCUAGCGACGCUCCCCAGUAUCGGACCGCAUGGAUUGCGUGUAUCUCUCUCGGCGCAGUCUGGCUCGCCGUGACACUGCUGCAGAUAAUUGCAUUCAAGUGGGCGAAUUGGCGAAUCGAACGGACGUUGACAAAUGGCGACUCUGUAUAUACUGAUGGGCGGGAGAGCAAGUAUCGCUAUUAUUGGUAG